ACAGCACAGUAUCAUAAUUCAAUGUUGCUGCAGGAACACAAAACACCAACAGUCACUAUUGCGUUUGAAUUCAAAGAAGCCGAGGAGACAUUCAACUUCUACAUCAGAAGGGUCUCGAAUGCGCCGUUAACGCCGUCGAUAACAACUAAACACUCUCGCAUGGUGAUGUAUGUCGUCAGAGGACUAAAUAGGAAGACAUGGAUUGGAAAAAAACGAGAGAUUAGCUGGGAGGAGAUCUUGGCCCAUGAUCCCAUGGAAUACCGAACGUUGGCGGUUCCACGGUGUAUUACAACUAUUUUCAAUGAGUUCUUUUCAUGUCAACUCACCAAGCAUGUUUUUCACAAUACUCUCAUGAAACUUCAGUUCUGUGACAUAGCGAAGGAUGAAUAUGAGGUUGGAAUAACGGAAUGUGACUAUUGGAUCGACACAAAUCCCAUUGAACGAUUUCAGGAAUUCGAGCUGCCCAUGAGAAUUCUAACGCCUGAUUUGGGUGAACUUGAUGUGUCAAUCACCUAUUUGCCAACUUCUCAACGCCUUGUGGUUUCGAAUUGUACGGCUACCAAUCUUCAGAUUGAUCCAAACACUGAAGAAAUACAUGUUCGAGCGAUUUUAUUCGUGAGUGGUCGCUUCGAGGAAAUCCACAAGUCGGAAAACCGUCGUCGACGGGAUGAGACGCACACAGGCCUGAGUUUUACCAAGGAGAUGGUUUUUGACGUGCUGCGUGUCGACAUUUUUAGAGCUAUGGUUGUCUGUCAAGUUGUACAGUGUAUCAAUGGACGGUAA